AUGAGAAGAGAUUUUUUUGGGACUGAGGUACCUGGAGAAUUUGAUUUAGUUGAGUGGGUGCGAAUACUUUCUCUGGUCAUAGUCAGUGUUGGGCUGGUGGGGAACAGCCUUGUCCUGUGGUUCCUGGGCUUCCGCAUCCCCAGGAACCCCUUCUCCGUCUACAUCCUCAACCUGGCCGGGGCCAAUGCCCUCUUCCUUUGUGGACAGUUUGUGCUCUCCAUCCACGGAUUCCUUGGGUAUCUGAGACUUUUGGUCAUGGGCCUGCUUUAUGUCACAUCCAUAUCCUACACUGUGGGCCUGAGCUUCCUGGCCGCGGUCAGCACUGAGCAUUGUCUAGCCGUGCUCUUCCCCAUCUGGUACAGAUGUCACCGCUCCAAGCACACAUCUGCUGUGGUGUGUGCUGUCCUCUGGGCUCUGGCCAGUCUUCUGUGGCUAUCACAUUUUCUCUUUUGUCUUUCUUGGUAUAAUGCCAAUCUGUGUGAUGCAGUCCCCAGAGUCCUGGUCAUUUGGUUCUUCCUCCUCACGUGUGUGCUGUGCACAUCCAGCCUGACUCUGCUGCUGAGGGUCCAGUGUAGUUCCCAGCGCCAGCAGCCCCGGCUCUACCUCCUGGUCCUGCUCACGGUCCUCGUGUUUCUGCUCUGUGGUCUGGCCCCUGGGAUUGAAAUUAUCAUGCUGCUCUUUGGCACAGUGUUCAAGCCUCUUUGGCUUCCUAUGAUCCUGGCCUGUGUGAACAGCAGCAUGAACCCCUUCAUUUACUUCUUCCUGGGCAGCCAAAGGCAUAAAAGGAGGAAGGAGCUCCUCAGGGUGGUCUUGCAGAGGGCCCUGGGGGAUGAGCAAGAGUGGGAGGGUGACUCAAGGGACCCUCCCCACACCAGCACCCUAGAGAUGUCACCCUGA